AUGAAAUAAAAACUUUUUCUUAUGAAAACUCAUUCGUAUGCUUUGGAUCAUAGUUAUGGUCCCAAACAGAAUAUGAAUACUUCCCAGGUGACUCGCUCAAUAUAACCAUCCCCAAGAUCGAUAGCCUCUUAGAAGAGUCAAAAUAGUGUGAUUGAAUUGCCUACUCGUUUCUAAAGUUAGGAUUUAAGUGUAAUCUUAGAAUCUGAGCAAGAUCCUUAAAUGAAACGAUACAAAUAUUAAUGCAAGAAUCCAUAGUUGGUGAGAUUGGAGAAGAUUUAAGAAUUAGUUUACAACAAGAAAUUAUAAAAUAAAUGCAAAUAUACGGAGAAGAACAGAAACAUAAAAAAAGCAGUAUCAGUUCCAAAAGGAAGUGUAUCAAUUAUGUUGAAUAAUUAAACAUAAAAACAUUCCAAUUUCAAUCUAACCAAAAAAGUAACUGCUAGAUCGAAGUUUAAAAUGAAAUGGAAAACUAUAUAGUGGUUGUUAAAAAAUAGAAAGGAAGCCAUCACGUAGCUCUUUAGUAAUUAUCAAGUUAUGGUUAAAUAUGCAAAAAAGAAAUAAAAUGGUCUCAAUAAAGCUGAAUUUACAGACUUAUUGAGUGUAGUCGGAUUGGGCACUGAUCUUUCAGAAAAAUUAUUUUAUGUUUUUGAUGAGGAUCAGAGCGGCACAAUAGACUAUAAGGAACUAAUUGUAGGAUUAGAGGUCUUUAAGGAAGACUCAAUCGAAGAGAAGAUGAAAGUCUUUUUUGAAAUUUGUGAUACUGACGGUAGUGGAGCCAUUUCUGAAUAAGAAUUGUAUAAUGUCUUAAAAUUAAAUAUUGCCUCGUUCAGUGAUAGAUAGAAAUUAAAGAAAACCAUUUCGAAAAUCUUUAUAGAGUGUGACAUUAACGGGGAUGGUUAAUUAGACAAACAAGAAAUCUUAGAAGCUGCGAAAAAUAAUUUCACCUUAAGAUAACUAUUACAAUAAGGAAUAAGAGAUGUUAAGCAAAUAGAUAAUUUGAUUGACAAUGAUCUUCAUGAGAAUUUUAAUGAGUGGGUACCAGCUUCUGCUAACUUUGUCAAUUACAAAGAAGGCAUUUUCUAUCCGUAUAAUGAUAAACUAUUACAAGCAUUUAAGGAAAUGGAAGAAAUUUAUGAUAAAAAAGAGACAAUAUUCAAAUAUGUUAAUAGAGAUGAAUAAAGCAAUUUAUUUAAUUAAGAUGCAUGA